CUGGGCCCUGUUUAUAUCCUUGAGUCCUUAGGGUUUCAUUGUCAGUCGUUUUAGCAGCGGUAAUUUGGUUUUGGGCAAAAAACAAUUAAGGAUCUUUAUAUCUGAACCGUAAUUGUCAACAAAGACCUGGAAUGUUUGAGGUUUGGUAGUUGAGUUUUUUUCUUUAAGUUGACGAGAUCAGAUGUUUGUAUGAUGAAUCUUAGGCGAGUUCUAAGCCCGCGAGUGCGAGGAGGAAUCCCUAGUUGUUUCCCACAGUUCGGUAAUUGCGGGUCGCUCGAGCAACAUGGAUCUGCAAGGAAUAAGAUUUGGACAAUUGAUGAAAAUCCUCCACCUCCGAGUCCAAAUGAUUCCCAAGGCAAAUCCUUUGUUGACCUGUUGCUUAAACCGUCCGAAGAAGAUCUCAAACGCUGGCCCCAUAGCUUUGACUUUCGCCUGAGAGUAUCGCUUUUAGCAGAUGGAAGUCUGACAUUAAUAUCACGAAUUUGGAAUGUUAACGGGAAGCCAUUUAGUUUCUCUUUUGCGUAUCAUACAUUUUUGUCAGUUUCCGACAUUAGUGAAGUGAGGAUUGAAGGGCUGGAGACACUCGACUACCUAGACAACCUUUGCCAAAAAGAACGUUUUACCGAGCAAGGGGAUGCUAUAACAUUCGAGUCCGAGGUGGAUCGAGUUUAUCUCAGUACUCCAAAUGUAGUUGCGGUACUUGAUCACGAAAGGAAAAGAACGUAUGUUGUCAGGAAGGAAGGACUACCCGAUGUCGUGGUAUGGAAUCCAUGGGAGAAGAAAUCAAAAUCAAUGGUAGAUCUUGGAGACGUCGAAUACAAACAAAUGCUAUCCAUGAACGGGGCAGCAAUUGAGAAGCCGGUGAUGUUGAAACCCGGUGAGUAGUGGACAGGGCGGUUAGAAGUGUCGGUUGUCGCAUCGACAUUAAGCAGUGAACAUUUUGAUCUGAGGAGGAUGUAGGAUGUUUUAGUACAGAUCCACAGCCACUGGUAGGACAUGUAGGAAUAGUUCAAUGUUAAUCAACAAAAGCAAGGAUAUGCUUUUUUAUGUUAGCGUUGAGUUCAGUGUAAGUACUAAGUAGAAAACCCUAUGUUUUGUUUUUUCUAAACAUGAGA